GGUAUAUAAAUGCACCACAAUACAAAGGGUGGAUUUUUUAUGAUAAUUUGGAAUCACCAAGAUGGGUGUGGGUGCUGAACAAGGAACCAGCGGUCAAACCAGAUAUAUAUCCUCCAUACGACAGCAGGUGGAGACAAACAGGAGCUAGGAGGAUGGAGGAUAAGGAAAUUGGUUUUCUCACCAGACCAAUGAUUGACGACACGAUGGUAGGGGAUGAUCAGCAAAGGAUGAAGCUCAUGCAGAGCCUCCACGAGAUUGGGAAAAAUGCAGAACUUGCAUUUUUGGAAAAYUUGGAGGCUAGGAAGCAGCAAAAAGAGCAACAGGGGGGACAAGGGAGCAGCGUUGGAUCUGACGAACAGGAGGAGCAGGGGGAGAGUAUGGAAUGUGGGGAAAAUAUCAAGGAACAGAGUCACUCAUUGAAGAGAAAGGAUUCCGAAGGUGAGAGUGAGAGGGGGAAAACGGAAGAACAAGAAGGCCAGUCCCAGAGAACGAAAAGGCAACAGACGGACAACAUCAUGGACAAUGCAGAAGGGAGCAAGGCAGGGGGGAGAUGGACAGCGGAAUCGGAAAAGGAGAUAACGCAGGGACAGGUAGGAACCGAAGGGGAAAGGGAAGGGAAUCAACAAGGCACAGAGUCAGGGACCAGCACACAAGAGGGUCAACAAAUCACAGAGCCAGGGACUAGCAGACAAGAGGGGGACACAGGGACCAGCAGGCAGGAGGGGGAAUCCAUAGAUGAAGCUCAGGGAAAGAACAGGGCUGUGAAAAGAAAGGCCAUGCAAAAUGUGGAAAAUAUGAUGGAGGAGGAAAUACARCAAGCAGAGGAGGAUCAGAAGGAUUUUACACAAGACUYAGACAAAGGAGUAUCGUCGUCGUCGUCRGARGAGGAGGACGAGGAGGAGGAUGACACAAUGCAGGAGGAAAAUAUGACGCUUGAACAAUGGAUCAGAGUGGUGGAACAAUUGGAAUGGGGAAGGACUAUAGAGUGUGAAAUCAGGCUUGAAAUCAGGCUUGCGCAUCACAAGCACUUGAGGAAUUUGAGACAGGCAACUCAGGUGGAGGAGGACAUUACCUCCGAAAAUCGGUUUGAGCUGUUGAAAAGAGAGGGAGAGUUAAAUGAAUUCUAUGCUGCUCAAUAUGCGAAGAAGGCACGCACAGUCAAGAAUGACGUCCAGAUUCAUCAUGAAGACUACGAGAGGAUUUUCCAAUGGCCAAAGACAUACCGGGGCAAGAGUGAGAAGGGAGUCAGCAGGAAGCGUANUCAAGAAUGACGUCCAGAUUCAUCAUGAAGACUACGAGAGGAUUUUCCAAUGGCCAAAGACAUA